UCUCGGGCGUGUGCUGUCAGACACGCACAGACGUAAUCAAGUCAACAUUUAAUUUUCCCAUAUUUCGGGGGGAAAGGCUCACUCUGUGGCAUUUAAUCGAGAAACACUCUGCAGUCUGUUUCUAUUUCACUAAUUUGAAGGUCGGUAAAAUACAGUUUAAUUUACAGGAUCAUUUUCACUGUGAAUAUGGUCAGUUUUUGCAAACAUCGGGUGUUUGUUCCACUGAUGAUUUACGUGAUGGUAGUCCUCCUCGCGCAGACGGAACAAAAGGAAAGGCGCAAAGACGGGAAAGACGGGAAGGGCGCGAAGCGAAAGCCGGGCCGGAUCAAAAACAGAAUUUUGCAACAAAAUUCGACUUUACAGAACAGUUCUCCCGAUCCUAUAAUGGGAGGGGCGGAUGCGGGCGACUUACAGGUGGUUUGGGAGGAGGACUUUGAGAAGAGCAUUGAAGAAAUGGUGAAACAAGUGAGGAAUAACUCAGCGCUCUCGAAGAACAAGUGUGUGGUGGACCGGCAACUCUGGAUGUCCAACAGUCGGAGUCUGUCUCCAUGGUCAUACAGAAUCAACCACGACGAGAACCGCAUUCCCGUGGACAUUCCGGAAGCGAAGUGCUCGUGCGUGGGAUGCAUUAACCCGUUCACCAUGCAGGAGGACCGCACCAUGACCAGCGUGCUCAUCUACACCAAGAUCCCCGUGCGCAGGCGCCUGUGCGACAAGCUGUCCAAGAAACCAAGGAAGAAGAAAACAUGCGUGCCCCUGUACAGGACGGUGGUGGAGAGCAUAGCCGUGGGUUGCACGUGCAUAGUGUGACGCCUCGCUCUCAUCGCCCGUCUACAGCAUCGUUUUGUUUCCCAUUAAGUCGUAUCCCUAUAAACAAAUUGAGAUUUGUCUGCGUCCUUCCUGUGCGUGUUUGUAAAGCCGUAAUAACCUUUUUGUUGCUAUAUGUAUUAGGCUACCACUAAAAAUCACCACAAAUGCAUUUGAUAGCCCACUGUCUUAUCUACUGUAAAUUUACACACAAUUCCAUUCUAUAAGCUACAAAUGUUAGUGUUAGUGCUGUUUGUUGACUAAGUAUUGCCUGUAUAUCAUUAUGAAACAAAGACAGACAUUUUUUAAAUGCUAUCCAUAAAUAACUGUAUGUAAAAUGUUUCAAACAGUUAAUUGCAGUUACAUUCUCACUAAACUUUAAAAACAACAUUUCUGUUAAUCUCUGUGUCUCUACAAGGUGACGUACACGUAUGUGGAGUGUAGAGCACUGUGAGCUGGCUGAGAGUGAUGCUGAUGUAAAACAUUUUGUUCCUGAGUUUAAUAAUAAAAUAUGAAGCCCA